AUGCGCGAGGUCUUUGCUCGCGGCUUCCAGUGCUACGGUGCUCUCGCAGUCCUAGUCUCUACCGCGACAGCACAAUCCGGCGGCAUCCAAAGGGGUCUGCAGUAUGGCGAAAAUUGGGUUCCAACCACAAAGGAUUCUGAGUUGGUUGCGAAGAACUUUCUCGACGUGAACAUCACCCUCCUCUCUCCUGCGUUCCUCAACCCAGAGACGGUCCCUGAAGCUUUCUCUGAAGGGAAAGAUGGGCCCACGGACGAUGCUGUGUUGGACUCUUUCAUCCGCACACUGGCUGACCGCAAUCCUUGGAUGGAUUAUCAACCUUCUGACUUCAAGUCGGAGGAGGGACGAACGCUCCCGUAUGUUCACCUAUCAUCGGGGUCUAACAGCACGAAACUCCGAGUAUAUUUGCAAGGGGCAAUCCAUGGAAACGAGCCUGCAGCCGACCAAUCGAUCCUAGCAUUCCUAGGAAAGCUGGAUGCAGACAAAGCUUGGGCCGAGUCCAUACUCGAGCAUAUAGAUAUCAAGAUUCUUGCUCGCUACAACGUCGAUGGGGUUUCAUAUUUCCAACGCCAGCUAGCAUGCAAUCUGGACCCCAACAGGGACCAUAUCAAGCUCAUGCGGGAGCAGACGAGAAAGAUCAAACAGAUUGUGAGCGAAUGGAACCCACAUAUUGCUAUUGACAUGCAUGAGUUUACGGCGACAACCAUAUUCGGCGGAAGCUACCAGCAUGGCGCUGAUGCCCUGCUCUCGGGAGGCAUCAACCCAAACAUCCACCCCGAGAUUCGCAAGCAAGUUUUGGAUGUCUUCAUCCCACACAUCGGGAACGCCUUGGAAGCAUACGAGAUCCGAUGGGAGCCCUACGUGACUGGAUCCUCCAACACUACGAUAGGAUCCCCCAUCACACUGCAGGAAGCAGUCACGGAGGCGCGAACUGGUCGCAAUGCAGUGGGGCUUACUCAGACCAUCUCCUUUCUCUGCGAAAUGCGGGGGAUCAGGAUCGCCAACCAGCAUUUCCAGCGCCGUGUAGCUACCGCGUUGACCAAAAUCACCGCCAUCCUGGAGCUAGCGAGGGACAACUAUGACAGCGUCUUGUCUACCGUGGAAAAGGCGAGGGAAAAAUUUAUCAACAGCGACGAUGACAUUGUUGUCACCGACUCAUACGUCUCCGAGAAUAGGACAUUCACCAUGAUUGACCGAACGAACGGUAGCGUAGUCCAAGCACCCAUCAAGUUCAUUAGCACGACGCCCUCCGUCGCCAACCUCACGCGGCCCAGGCCUGAAGCGUACAUCAUCCCAAGGACAUGGUUCGACAUCGCAGAGAGGCUCAGGAUCCUCGGCCUCGAGGUCGAGACGAUAAAGGAGCAGUUUACAGGAACCGUCGAGACCCUUGUUGCCACAUCGUCAAGCGUGGACACUGAACUCUACGAAGGCCAAUUCCUCAACACGGUGACGACGAACUCGACGAGCCGGGAGAUUGUCCUACCUGCUGGCAGUUUCUACGUGAGCACGAGGCAGCAGAAUGCAGCACUGGCUUUUAUUGCGUUGGAACCGGAAAACAUUGAUAGCUUUGUCACGUUUAGCAUUAUUCCCCUUGAGACCGGCAUGGAGUAUCCCGUCUUUCGCAUUCCACGAGCAUGA